AUGUCGUCUCAAUUGCCAGAAUUGAAGAAAUUGACUCUUCCAACUUUAAAGUGGAAAUAUGAUGCCUUGGAGCCAUACAUUUCUGAACAGAUCAAUGAAAUUCACCACCUGAAGCACCACAAAGCAUAUGUCGACGGAUAUAACAAUACUGUCGAGAAAUUAGUUGCUGCAAUUGUGAAAGAAGAUGUCAAGCAAGUUGUGGAGUUGCAGAAGGCUCAGAACUUUUUCAGUGGAGGAUACAUCAAUCACGUCCUCUUCUUUAACAAUUUGGCACCCAAAUCUCAAGGUGGAGGAAACCCUCCAUCGACAGAAUCCGCCUUUUACAAGAGGGUUAUUGAGCAAUACGGAAGUCUUGAGAACUUGCAAGGCAUAACCAAUGGUCGUUUGGCUAGCAUCCAAGGCUCUGGUUGGGCAUUCAUUGUUAAAAAUCCCGAGAAUGGAGGAGAAUUGGAUGUAGUGACCACUGCCAAUCAAGACACUGUUCUUGCACCAUUAAUUCCUUUGGUAGCUAUUGAUGCUUGGGAACAUGCGUACUACUUGCAAUAUCAGAACGUGAAAGGAGACUACUUCAAAGCAAUUUGGAAUGUCAUUGACUGGGGAGAGGCUGAGAAAAGAUAUGACAAUGGACCAAUUAGCCACUACUGA